AAAACACCUCAAAAGGCUACCCCAAGCCGCAUCGGUCGUAAUAUGAUCCUCACGCAGUGCGCCGUCUGCGCCACCGAGCUUGGGCUAACUUUGGGCAAGAAAUGCGGCCGCUGCAGCACGCGCUACUGCGGGGCAGCCUGCCAGGUGCAGCACUGGAAAGAGGGCGGCCACGACAAGCUCUGCAAACCAAUAAAAAGAGCAGGCGGCGCCGAGCAGCACAAUGCGAAUCAGAAGUACACGGUGGCCGUAGCAGUCGCGGCGGAGGCGUGCGCGGAGGACACGAAGGGCCAGACGUGCUACAUCUGCACGCAGGCCCUCCACUGGAAAACGAAGGAGUGCCUCGUGCGCGGGUGCGCGUGCCGCGGGACGGCGGGCUUCGCGCACGUGUCGUGUCUGGCGGAGCAGGCGAAGAUUUUGGUCGCGGAGGCCGAGGCGAACAAUUUGGGCGUUAAGGUGCUGGAUGAGAGGUUGAACCGGUGGCACACGUGCAGUCUGUGCGAGCAAGGCUACCACGGCGUCGUGCGGUGCGCGCUCGGGUGGGCGUGCUGGAAAACAUAUGUUGGUCGGCCGGAGACGGACCAGCUUCGGAUCCCUGCGAUUAACCUGCUUGGGAACGGGUUACACGAAUCAGGACAAUACGAGGACUCGUUAUCAGUGAUGGAGGCCGAGUUGGCUAUGAAGCGGCGCCUUGGCGUAUCAGAACACAGCAUUCUUGUCGUGCAGAGCAAUCUUGCGAGCACAUAUAGUUGUCUAGGACGGCAGGAAAACGCCGUGCGGAUGUUGCGAGACGUAUACUCCGGGAAUUUGAGGCUCAAAGGCGAAGAAAAUGGAACGACCCUUUUAGCAGCCAACAACUACGCGUUCACCCUUAUUGUUGUAAGGCGCUUCGAAGAAGCCAAGUCGCUGCUGCGCAAAACAAUUCCAGUUGCGCGACGCGUUCUCGAUAAUAAUGAAGAGACCACGCUCAGGAUGAGGAUGAAUUACGCGAAGGCGCUCUACGCGGACGACGACGCCACGCUCGACCAUCUCCGUGAGGCAGUGACGACGCUCGAGGAGAUAGAGCGGACAGCGAGGCGCGUUUUCGGUGGCGCGCACCCGGUCGCAACGCAAACUGCGACAUCCCUGCGAAACGCACGAACCGCGCUCCGCGCCCGCGAGACGCCGCCGACGAGUAAGUCACAAAACUAACGCCGCC